AUGAAUCGGCUGAGAGGCAGAGGGGCAUCGAUUCCAGGGUCUGCAGUUGUGCCUCAUCUGAAGAAAAAAGUCCAAAAUUCAAUGGUCGCUCUCCACGAUUCCUAUCUCUCUACCAAGGACUUGUUCGAGAGGCACAGGGUCGUGUUUACAGUUGGAACGUCUAUAGCAUCAGUUGCUACGGCUUGGAUUGGCUACUCAUUACGCCAUUACAAUGAAACUAGAAUCAAUCAGAGGCUGGAGUCGAUUGAGAAUGCGAUGAAAAACUCGCAUGAGUUGGAACGAGGAGAGCUCAAGAAGCUCGUUGAUCCAGUGGGUUCCAAGUUCACUUCAACAAUUGCCACCGCUGGAACCACUUUGGUCAUUGGGUAUGGAUUGGGUUGGCGAGGCGGGAUAUGGUAUGCAAACAGGAAGUUUAGAAGGGAACAAAUGAGAUUGGCCGGGCAGUUGAAACCCAGAGAAUGGAAGUUAUUAGGGAGAAUCAAACACCGAGCUUGGCCGACGACAAAGUUCCUCAGACGACCAUUCCCAAGACAGAACAAAACAGCAGAAACUGCUUUGAAGACACCAGAAAGUACGGUUUGA